AGACCUCACCUCUCCAACUUUAACAGCUUAAAGGUGUAUGCACUUGAAAUACGUACUACUUGAUAAUUCUGCCGAGACACUUAUGCAGUUGAAAGUGAUGCAAAUAACUAUUGUUUAUGUGUUGUCACUGACAAUUUUCCAUGUCAUGAAAUGCUUGAGCUCCCUCUAAAAUUGUCCUACAAUAGAAUUUUCCAUUUCACGAAAUGUGUGGUGUUUCUAUUUGUCAGGUAAUGUGAGACAUGUUUCUUUCUUUUUCAAUGACACAACGAUGGAAAUCAAGGAAAAUGUGAAUGUUUGCUUAUUUUGAAUCGUGGGGAUAUUUCGGGAAAUAUUUCCCCUUCUAACUUUUCUUCUUCCCCGAGUAGUGGAGGUGUUGGAAGUCUCGAGCGGAAGCCAUGAUUGUUGUCCUUCCCUCUCCCUCUCAGGAACGUCUACAGGCUGAACGGAACAACACACUUCUGCCUGCAUGUCUUUGACAAUAUUUCUCACGAUUCUCCUCUCCAACCCUCCGAAUGCAGAUUAACCGGAAUGCCAAAGGAAAAAUAUGAUCCCCCGGAUCCAAGGCGAUUGUACACCAUCAUGUCCGCGGAAGAGGCGGCAAAUGGGAAGAAGUCGCACUGGGCCGAAUUGGAAAUAUCUGGAAGGGUGCGCAACCUGAGCAGCUCGCUCUGGAACCUCACCCACCUGACGGCACUGCACAUCAACAACAACAACCUGAGUCGCAUCCCGCCCGACAUCGCCAAGCUCCCCAACCUGGUCUACCUGAACCUGUCGUCCAACAAGCUCCGCAGCCUGCCCGCAGAACUCGGCAACAUGGUCUCUCUCAGGGAAUUGCUUUUGAACAACAAUUGUUUACGAGUUUUGCCUUAUGAACUUGGGCGGUUGUUUCGCUUACAAACCCUGGGUCUAAAAGGUAACCCAUUAUCUCAAGACAUCCUUAACCUGUAUCAGGAGCCCGAUGGAACCAGAAAGCUUUUGAACUACAUGCUUGACAAUCUCGCAGUUCAUCCGGAGCAGCUUCCUCAAAGACCAUGGAUCACUUUGAAAGAGAGAGAUCAAGUUGCUUCCUCAGCUGUGUUCACAGUCAUGAGCUACAACGUGCUGUGCGACAAGUACGCCACGCGGCAGCUGUACGGCUACUGCCCCUCCUGGGCCCUCAACUGGGAGUACAGGAAGAAAGGCAUCAUGGAGGAGAUCACCCACUGUGAUGCGGACAUCAUCAGUCUACAGGAAGUAGAGACAGAGCAGUACUACGCCCUCUUCCUGGAGACGCUAAAAGAUCGUGGGUAUGACGGCUACUUCUGUCCAAAGUCUCGUGCCAAACUGGUGUCUGAACAGGAGCGCAAGCACGUGGAUGGCUGUGCAGUCUUCUUCAAAACUGAGAAGUUUUCCCUGGUGCAAAAACACACAGUGGAGUUCAAUCAGGUGGCUAUGGCCAACUCGGAGGGCUCCGAGGUCAUGCUAAACCGCGUGAUGACCAAAGACAACAUCGGGGUCGCUGUUUUGUUGGAGGUCAAAAAAGAGCUCUUCUCUGCAGGUAUGAAACCCGCGCAGGAGAAACAGCUCCUCCUGGUGGCCAACGCCCACAUGCACUGGGACCCCGAGUUCUCGGACGUCAAGCUGAUCCAGACCAUGAUGUUCCUGUCGGAGCUGAAGAGCAUCGCCGAGCGCGCCUCCUCCUCCUUGGCCUCGGACUCCCCGACCUCCGACCCGGCCUCCAUCCCCAUCGUCCUCUGUGCCGACCUCAACUCCCUGCCCGACUCUGGGGUGGUGGAGUACCUGAGUAGCGGCGGCGUGGCAGACAACCACAAGGACUUCAAGGAGCUGCGCUACAGCGAGUGUCUGACCAACUUCAGCUGCAACGGCAAGAGCGGCAAGCAGGACGGCAGCAUUACCCACAGCUUCCAGCUGAAGAGCGCCUACGACAGCAACAGCAACCUCAUGCCAUUCACUAAUUACACCUACGACUUCAAGGGUGUGAUCGACUACAUCUUCUUCACCAAGACCCACAUGAGUGUGCUGGGCCUGCUUGGCCCACUGGAGACCCAGUGGAUGGUGGACAACAACAUCACGGGCUGCCCGCACCCCCACAUCCCCUCCGACCACUUCUCCCUCCUGGCCCAGCUGGAGCUGCAGCCCCCCCUGCCCCCCCUCAACGGCCUACACCUGACCGUCCACAGGUAGCAACCGCAGGUCCCCUCCGCACCCCCACUCCGCACCCCCACCCCUAAACCCACCCCACCCCACCCACUUCACUUUACUCAAACACCCCAAGCCCUAGUUCCCUCCCAGUCAACCCUACCUAAUAGUCACCCUUACCCUCACUCCCCGCCCAACCCCCCUACACUCAACCAACCAUCACUACAUUUUGUUGAUGCAAAGCCCCCCACUGAACAGUCAUAACAAUCAUAAAACUCAGUCACGCAUACUACAUACUCUAGGGCGGAGCGAAGUGUUUUUGUCUACUUUGCUACCCCCCUUUUACUUCUUUCAACCUUUGCACAAGAUUGUAACUUUUUUUCCAUUUGGAAAAGAAUAAAAAGUAUAAUCAAAAGCUUGAUACCAAAUUAGGGUUGGGAUCGCUCACAUACCAGACAUGUUAUUUUUAAGCAUAAGAGAAUACGAGCUGACAGUCCUUGAUAUAAUUUAAGAAUACAUGCACAUUUGUACACUGUGUUUAUACAGUUGUAUAAACCCUUGUUAUUUCCUUCUAGACUGAAGGACGUGACCAAGCCACUCACUAAUAGAAGUCACAGAUUGAAUGAUUUAUAAUAAUAGUAAUAAUAAUAUAUUUUCAGAAUUGUGGCAAUCAUUGGCAUUCAGUCAAAGCCUUUAACCGUUUUACGUAUUGUCUCCCCCUUCCCCAUCCCCGCUGUUUUCCUGAUGAAUUUUGCUGUUCACGUCAUUUCUUUUCGUUUCUUUUUUUUUUAUUAAAUUGAAUUGGAAAAUGUUUUUUUAAGCAGAGGCAACUGCCAAGCCUGUGGAAGUAAUGAGUUUCAUGACAUGUUUGUGAUCUCUAACUUGUGGAAUGUCCAAAAAAAAAAGAAUGACCUCAAAAUGUUGGUACUUAACAGUAUGAUCCCCUGCACUUUUUCUUCUGUGGUUGCCAAGAAGAUUAAAACAGGAUCCCAACCCUCAUGAUUAAUCCGCUAAUUUUGUUUGUCGCUUUCUCUGUUGUUGCUGCAUUUUGGAACCUUGUGCUAAGGGUUUUUCUUUUUUUUUCCUGCAAAUGCUUGGCUUGUGUUUUUUUUUAUUUGCUUGGCACAUGUGCUCAUUCAAGUCUUACCAUCACUAAGGAUCUCAAAACAUCCCCCGCACCCCCCAAAUGACAAGUCUUGCUUAAUGGCAAGAACACAGAAAACAGCAUUCAGUUUUACCACAAGUAGUAUCAGCAAACACCACAAGCAAGACAAGGAAAUGGGAAGCUGAAAGUACCCAAUAGGUUACAAAGAUAUAUGGCACACUAACUUUCGUUUCCACUGCUGCCCAAAAUGCUGACAUUUUCCAGAUGGCUAUAAAACUCGUCUGCAAAGUUAUCUGUCCCAUCGAUAGAAAUGUGGACAACUAAGCCCUUCAUGAUUGUACAGUGUUGUUCAUUUACUAUGGGGCACAGAUCGGCAGCCUCUACUGUAAAUGCCUUGGUGAUCUUACCCACAAUAGAACCAAGCAAAUUCAUGCCUCCAUUUUGUCAGACGUGACAUGGCAUUAACAACACCUUUUCAAACACUUUAUCAUGGUAUACAGCAUUUGUGAAAUAUAUACCGUCCGUAAAUAUAAUGUAAAUAUAAUGUGAAGUGUGGUUUAGGAACACCUAUGCUAUUAUGUAGUAUUCGUUUAGGUUAAAAGAUUUCAUUAUUUGUGGCGAAUGAGAUGCUGUAUAUAGUAUUUUUUGUGAUUAAAUAAUCCAACGUCAGCAUUUCUUAUAAUAGACAAGUUAUUUCUCUCACCUAAUGUUUGCGAUUUAGCCUGACCGACAAAUAUCUCCUUCAACUGCCAACUGUAUUCUAUUAACACCUGAAGGGUUUUUUUUUUUUUUUUUUUUAAACAACAUGGACUGGCUUUUUAUGGUGUGUGCCGUUUAAAUAAGCUUUCGCUUUCGUAACCUGCAGUUCAGAGCUGAAGUUUGCAAUUGUGGUUACCCACUUUCUAGGUAUUUGAAACUUGGGUCCUUUGUUUGAGUAAGCACAACACACCUCUCCUGACAUUUAGUCCCCCACUCCCUGUGACUCUCUGGUGCUGUGUUUGUUAAAAACUGUCUAGUCUGUAAAAAUUUCAUUUAACACUGCACACUUGAUACUGUUCUUUUUUUCUCUUUAUUUUUUUGAAGCGAACAACGCGCUUUGCCUAGUAGUGCGUCUUCGAUAAAGAGAAAAAAAGAACAGUAUCCAGUGUGCAGUGUUUAAUGCACUUUUUACAUUGAUCAAGUUUUCCUGCCUUACACCUGCACCUGGACAACUGAAAGGUUGUGCACAAGGACCUCUAUGUACUUUGACAGUCUAGUCUGUAUUAAGGAUGAAUAGAUUUGCACACAUCAUCCCCACCCCCCCAAUCUUCUAGCCCCCCCCGGUUGCAUAACUUAUAACUUGUUGACGUCAAAGAUUAGUUUAGUUGACUUGUUUGACGCUGGAAAAUCCAAACUCAAAGCCCACGGUACUAUAGCAGCCACAUUACUCAAACACUGUGGAUCCUUUGCUCGAUGAGAAGAUCUCUGUUCCGUUUUCCAUUCUCUGCAAAGCAUGUCCAUUCUGUAGCGGAAAGUGUGAAUCCUCAAACACUCUCCUCAAACACGCAGUCUCUCCUCGCGGCUCCCGCCUACGUAUUUAUUGACGUGACUGCAGGAGCCUUAUGUGGUGCCCUUUCUUACCACCCCCCCACCCGCAACUUGAAAGUCUCCAGAGCAGACGCAAAUCUUAAAGGUCACAAGAGUCAGCUCAGGCGCAGAACUAUAUGGCAAGAUAGCAUGCAUGAUUUGCAUUCAUAACGGGCUAACCGCAGGACUCAAACUCGCAGAGGAAAAGUUUAAUUUUGUACUCUGAAUAGCCCCCUCUCCAUUAAGUAGAGUGGGGACGUGGUUCUUCCCUCACCAAACCUUUCACUGCCCUUUCCACUCCCAUCUGCUCCAAGAUCAAUCUAUGUGUAUUAUGUCCGAUUUAUAUUUGCUUGUGGCAUAUAGCGUUGUGCGUGGCCCAGUGAAGGAGUGCCAUUGUGUUUGUGAUUAAAUUAAUUCCUAACUUGCACCUGGACUGCUUGUGAAACCUGAUGUGUGGCAUAGCUCUCAUUAGCAUGCAUGCACGCCAUCAGAACAUAGAGUAUAACCAAGUCAAUCAGAGGCUAACUGGAAUGAGAAAGUAAAUGUCUUGCAUCCCAGUGAUCAUUAGUCAAAAGCCAAGGCCAUCAUAGUCAAAAGUAGUUUGGUUUAGUGAGAGACAAAACAUCUUCAACCCAAAAAAGUAGACGAGAUGCCUACAACUUCAGAAAAGUAAGGCAUCCUCCGUGCUCCGGUGCUUCACUCUCUGGUGGUGUGUCACGGGAAAGAACUAAGCUCAAACAAGGAAGAAGAGUCACCAGAGCAUCUCAGAUGUUGGUGUUGAAACGUUCAGCUCUAAAUCAAAGCACAUGUCUUCAUCAGUCAAAAACGACAGCUUUUUGACUCUGAAAUAGCUUCUUGACUCUGAUGAAGACGUAUUGACGUCAAUAUGUUAAUUUGGGCACUGCUUUACACAAGAUGAGAUGCUCCGGUGACUCUCCUUUCUACUGUUUAGUACUUAAGUCUUUUGACUGAAAGUCUUGCUAUUUGUUCUGAAGACGGCUGCUUGGAUCAAUUGGUUGAAUGAAUUGACUGGAACAAGUACAUUGUGGACUUAUUACUUCCUGAACUCAGCAUGUCCACCUCUGAGUAGGACAGAAGUUGUGCAUCUUAGCCUAACAGCAUGUGAGUGUGAGAUUGUACAUGAAGUAGCUGAAUUAGUCAAUGAGUCAUUAGUCAGUGUGCAUCGUGGGAAGUGUGCUCUGGAAAAUAUAAAGCACCAUAUUCAUAACCUUGAAUCAGAUGUGCCUCAGGUUGGCUUGGCUGCACCUUGUGUACUUAAUGGCAUAAUUAUAUAAUCAACGAUGAAAUUAAACCUUACCCAAACUAUUGAAUCGCCAUCGUGUCCACUAACCUUUUGAAAUCUGACCUAGAGGUGUAACACCUCACAGACAUGAAACAGCAUGUGCACUUUUUGUACCGAUGUGUUCAGUAGCUUUUUGGCAUACAUGGAGACCAUUUAGUCGUUCGUGACAAACGCCCUCACCCCAGCCCACCCCCCAUACCUGUGUACUUGUGGGUCUGGCUGGGUGAAGGGUGUUUUGCCUGCCUGCCUUGUGUCCAGACUUGUGCCCAGUAGUUUGUACUGUCUUCUCAACAGCAGUGCUGCCACUGACUCUCAGAAGCUCAAAGACUAGGCCGCCAAAUCCAGAAGCCAGCCAGCCAGCCAAACUCCAGCAGAGCCGAGAGCCCAGCCUGGGUCAGCCUAGCCCAGCCCAACCCAGUCCGGCCCAGUCCGGGCCAGCCCUACACCCACCCCCACUCCCCCAUGUGCCCUCUUCCUCUCCUCUCCUCUCCUCUCCUCUCCUCUCCUCUCCUCUCCUCUCCUCUCUUCACCUCUCCUCUCCUCUCCUCUCCUCUCCUCUCCUCUCCUCUCUUCACCUCUCCCACCCAGUACCAGCAGCGAGCGGUCUGUCGGUUCGUGGCCUCCUUUACUUGGAGCCAGCCAGCCCGCCAGGCCGACAAGAUGCUCCACUGCCAGCUGCAUCCUCCCAUGGGGUCACAUUGCAAUUCAGAUGUCCAUCUUAAAGUCACCACUAUCCACCAUCACCAUCAUUAUCACCAUCAUGGCCUUCCUUCCUAUCAUGACCUCUGCUGCCAAUAGAUUCCACAGAUCCCCCCACAAAGCAAACGCCAGCUUUUAUGUUCUCUUACCUGAUGGGCUCCCCUUGUACCCUCUCUCUCUCUCUCCUUACUGUACCCCCCUUCUUCCCAUAUGCAAGUUUGUCAUUGCCCCUCUAGCUUCACCAAUGGACAUGAGUCUUCACGCUGACUGGAGAAGUACGUGGAACAUUGUCCUUAAUUUCUCCAGAGAGCGCAAUCUCUUCUUGUUUUUUGUUUCGUUUUAUUGCUUGUCUUUUUAAAAAUCCCCAACGUCAGUGGUGGACAUUUUCCAAGAUCAGCUCAUGGUGGCCGCUUAUCAAAUGGAGACGCAAUAAAGUGUUUCAGGCUUCAUCCCAGCUGUUGGCCUGACGAAGGACACAUAGUUUUGCUCGUAUUGUCUUUUUUCGUUUUGUUUUUCCGAUGUUUUAUUUUUAUGAACUCCAGAGUCGGUGGACUUAAAAGAUCACAGUUUAUUUUUGUACCUUUUCCAUGUGGAUCUGGUUGGGGUUUAAAAAAAAAAAAAGACAGCUACCUAUGGCAUCAACAUCACCACAUGUGCUCCACUCUCCUCACUGUGUACUGGUUAAUCAUGUUGGCAAGCUAGUGCCUCCAACAGGCAAACAUGGGACACUGCAACCGAAGUCAGUUUCAAACUUUUUCUGCCUUUUGUUUUUUCCAACAUUUGACAAAGGACUUUGUGCACACAAACACACACUAAUAAUAAUAAUAACAAGUAAGCAAGCAGAAAUUAUAAAUAUUUGACUGUUGAUCUGAAGCACAGCUUUCAUCACCAAAAGCUUAUGAAGUAGCCUAAUCGGUGUGUGUUUGUCUCUGUUGUCUCCUCAGCUCAGUGCAAUAACUGGUGUAGGAAUCUGUGGAAGUCUUUGUCUUUCCAACAAUGAAAAGGUACACUACAAGGUGCUAUAUGGAAGACAAGAUGCAGUACAGCAAAGUAUCAUAAAAUCGCUCUGAUAUGUUGACAGGAUUUUAGAAGAAAAAAAAAGUUGAAUUAAAAUAAUGGUUUCGCUGGCAAUGAUGUUUCAACCAACAUACAACGUUGUUGUCUCUCCUCCUGAAAAAGGUGGACAACGCUUUAUAGUGUUUUGGUGAAAUGAAUUUGAUCACCAAAUCACCAGUGCAUGGAUCACCAAUCAUUUCAUGUAGCACCUUUUAGCCUACAACGAGAUAACGUGAGUCAGUGUUUUAUACACAGUGAUUUGCUGAUUCCUGUUGCCGUGGCCACACUAGCUCUUGGCCACAGACCCACUGGCCCAGUCCCUGGCACACUAUGGUGCUGAGCUGAAUUAUUGACAAGAGCCAAUGGGCCCGCACACCAGCUACCAGCCACCAGCUUCAGACCUUAAGCUUUUACCUGGGCCCUUUUUUUCUUUUUAAACAAAGUGUGGACUACUGCAUGUCCUGCAAUUUAUUAGUUUUGAUUCAGCUACUUUCAAUUCAACCUAAUUGACAAAAAAAAUAUCAGAAUCCACAGACGAUUUUUUUGUUUGUUUGAUGCCAACGUAGAGUGUUGAGUUGAAAGAAGAAGAACAGAACAUGGUAAUCAAAACUAAUAAAAUGUUGUAAGUGCAGUGCACAGUGUCAGAUUUUGUCGAAGCCAGUGUUAUUGAGGCUUUCGCACCCUGAACACUAACCCUGUCCUUUUCACUGUCAGUGUGAACCCAUAUGUGCAGGAUCCUGAUGAAAGCACUGGGUAACACUUAAGAAUAGGUUUGACAUGUUAGCCAGUGAUGCAUGCCUAAAUAUCUACGUGUGUAAGUCACUUAUAAGACAUGAAUUAAGCAAAAUCAAUAUUUUGUAAGUGUGAGUUAUUCACACAUUUCUUGUUCAUUGUCAAUAAGGACUUUGUUGUUGAUAUAAUCAUAAUGAGGACCUAGGAGGCCUUUGCAUUUGCUUAACACAUGUCUUAUAACUCACUUAUAAAAACAGUAGUAAGGCAUGUUUGAGUGGCUAACAUAUGAACCCUUUUCUUAAGUGUUAGCAGGUGCUGGGGUUUUAUACACUGCUCACGAAUGUUGUUUUGAAUGAUCAAAGCUAUGGAUGACACUGCAAGGACAAUGUGGCUCUCUGUCCCCCUGUCAUAAAGGCAAUAAAAUUGUCUUUGUUUAAGGAAAAAAA